AUGUAUAAUAGGGUCGAGCGGAUGGAGGACUACUUUAAACAGUUGCGUUCCCGCGUUUCGCCAAACGCCCAUUCGCCAAUCCACCCCUCGGCAGGACAGCCGUCGCCUCUCAACGGAGGCACCGCGAUGGAGCAUCGGAUGUCGCCACUGCACCAGCCAUUUCCCAACAGGCCUUCGCCGCAGCAGCAUCCGCUCAGCAACAACAUUGAUAACAGAGUCCCCACAUUGGAGCAGCUCUCACACAGACAGGAGGAGCCAGAAGACGGAUUCUCACGACGAAGCUCCGAGGAUGCUUCCAGCGUGUCAACGGACGUCCUCGACAUCCACGCGGAAACUUCCUGGACGGGGUGCUCUGAGGAUUCAGCGGCUUCUGUUAACCCUGCUCUCGGGACGUUCAAAAGUCUGGAGCAUCCCGCUUCGUAUCACUCGCAGGGGAGCCACGGCGCCGGCGUUGCAUCUGCCGUCGCUCCUUCCGCGCGUGGAGCUCCAGAAGCCGCGGGUUUGGCGCGCACUCAACUUCUUCCGCAGUUUUUGGAGGCGCUGAACUACUUAUCCGACCCGCAGCCCGGCGAGUCGGAAAUUGACGUGCUCUCGCGGCACCUCGAUGGCGCGAAGGAUUUGAAGCUCAUGGCUCGCGACGCCGCGGUACGCAGUUUCAUGGUUGAAAUGGGAGCAGCGGAGGUGCUGGUGUUGCUUGUAAACGGCGUGUUAGAAGCGGAGGAAGGGAGUGAGUUAAUGGAUUUGCAGUAUCAAGUUGCUGAGGAGGCAGCUGCUGCGCUGCUGAAUCUGUCUCUAGAUAAGACCGCCAAGCACAUGAUGAGGGGCCAUGACGUCAUCCCUUGCAUUGUGAGGUUGGCUGACGUCACACGUAGCAGUCCAGUCUGCCACGAUGACGCCAGGGGUAGUCACGCCUUACCCAGCAGUAAUCAGCAGAAUGACAUCAGCAGAGGUUCUGACGGUAGCACCUGCAAUGCCAGCGCCAGCUCCGCGCAUUUGCCUCUUAGAGUGCUCGCGGCUGAGAUAAUCCAGUCUUGCUAUGGAGCCAUCGCUGAGAGAGGAUCUAGCGGUUCCGGGCAUCGUGAAACUGCUGGUAGGCCUGUUGAGGGAGCCAGCAUGCAGCAACAAGGGACGGGUGAGCGUGUUGUAUACGCUCUACUUCUUGUCAAAGCGAGAAUAUGGGAGGUUGGCUCUUGCGUAUCACGGCGCUGUGCCUUUGCUGCUGGAGGUGGCGCUGUGCGGUACGCAGAAAGGCAAACAUUUGUACGAGAAGCAGGCGGAAAAGUUCUUUGA